AUGCCCGCCGACACCUCCCAGUGGGUGCACCCCAUCCCAUCCCUCCCAGACCUCUUCACCCACCACACGAGCUCCCUCCUCCGUCCCUUCGCCCGCUUCUCCAUCUCCCUCUUCCGCUCCACCCCCUCCCUCCCCAACCCAGCACCCCUCGAGCCCCUCGACACCCUCGCUGCCGCCACUGCCCACCCGCCAAAGGGGCCUGCUAUCAAAGGUGUCAUCGCCCUCCAGUCAUUCGCCACCCAGUUCCGCGAAGCUGUCGUCGCCCGCAAGCUCAAGAAGGAGGAAGACUAUGUCCAGCAGCGGCUCUAUCAGCUUGUCAGGGGGUAUGCUGCUGCUGGGAAUCUGCUCGCGAGGCUGCUCUGGGACGGGGAGGCCGGGGGCGAGGAUCCUGAUGUAGCCGAGUAUGAGGCCGCUCUCAAGCAGUGUGUCGAAGGCUUCUUCAUCGCUCGCUCCCUCCUUCGCCCUGCGCUAUCAUCGGCAUACGAUCCUCAUAUCCUCGGCGCCAUCUUUUCCUUCCCAGCGCCUUAUCGACACUCCUUCUUGACGCCCAUCUUGCAACACGCCCGACGGCUCACUGCGACCCUCCAGACUCAUCCUACUCGACCUAUCGCUGGCAAAGCCAAAUCUCCUUCUCCGCAGAUCAUAAUCCCCCAAGUAUCUACCGCCGACGUUACCUAUGUCGUUGCGCUGCUCGAGACCAUCGUCGCCGCCGUUGCCGCCAUCUCUGAAAUCGACGAGAUCGUCUCGGACGAGGUACCGACAAAGAUGACAAAGAAGAGGGAGAAGGAGUUGCAGCGAGAGAAGGAUAACAAGCCAUUGAGGGUCAAGCUGGAAGUCAUGCUAGCCGGGUGCGACCUUCUUUUGAGUUUGGCAAACAAGCGUAUCGGAGAGGUGAAGGCGAGGGCGGCGAGGAAGAUUGGGAAAAGAACAGGAUGA